AUGUGAGUGCGUCACGACGUCGUUCAAUGGCUCUGGGAACCCAUUGGGAAUCCCCGCUAUAAAAGCGCAAAACCUGUCUACAUUCACAAAUAUACGCGAAAAAAAAAAUUUCAUCAGUUGUUAUUCAGAGAAAGAGAGAGAAGAUGGCAGAAGAGGGACAGGUGAUCGGCGUCCACACCGUCGAGGAAUGGACUCAACAUUUGGAGAAGGGAAAAGAGUCCAAGAAGCUGGUUGUGGUGGAUUUCACUGCUUCAUGGUGCGGACCUUGCCGUAUUAUGGCGCCUAUCUUCGCAGAAUUGGCCAAGAAAAUGACUGAGGUGAUCUUCUUGAAGGUGGAUGUGGAUGAGUUGAGGACUGUGUCUGAGGAUAUGGGUAUUGAAGCAAUGCCAACCUUCCUGUUCCUGAAAGAUGGCAAAGAGGUUGACAAGAUUGUGGGUGCAAGGAAAGAUGAUCUGCAGCUGAAAAUAGAAAAGCAUGCACCUGCAACUGCGUCUGCUUCUGCCUGAAGCUUGGAGCGAUAUAUUCGCCUUUCUAUCUGUCAUGGUCAUGUUAUUUCUAAAGCACUUGUAUUAGUCUUGGAUCUUAUGAAUAUCUAUCAUCCAGGUAUAUGAUACCUGAAAAACAAUGGUGUGUGUUUAAUGUUCUCUUACUGUUUCUCAGAAUUGCUGCUUGGAACUUUGAGUAAUAUAUUGGCCUUUCUAUCUGUUAUGAUCUUGUUGUUUCUAAUGGUACUGUAUUAGUCUUGGAUCUUAUGAAUAUCUAUUAUUCAGAUGCAUGAUACCUGAAAAACCAUGAUGUGUGUUUAAUUGUCUCUUGCUGUUUCUGAGAAUUGCUGAUAUGGUAUCUGAUGUUAAUGGUAUGGUGUUCUAUCGUAAGUGUUUCCUUAGCAUAUGUUAAUGUGGUUGCUGGAUAAUUGUUGAUGAUGCUUUUCCUGGUUCUCUGUUUUAAUGAAUCAAAGGAUAAUCACUACUGAUUUCCUUGACAUCCAUGCGUCAAUGAUGUUAUUCUGUGGUGUUUAGGAUUCAUUAUGGGACAGGCUGGGGGUGAAGAGGUGUUUGGGAAAGCUAAAAAGGCAUUCGUUGUAAAAGUACUAUUUAUUUCUUCUAAAAGUGAAAUUAUGUUAGAGAGAUUCAAAAAUUGUGAGCUUUAAGUAAAUUUAAAAAAAGUUUAGAUGUGUGGUUCUUUUAAAACUUGCUUAAAUAGUACAUAAAAAGUUAUUUAUAAACUUUUUUUUAAUAAAAUUCUAAAUUUAUA